AUGCCAGGUAUUGAAUUUUCCAAAACAGUUACUCCGCAAAAGAAGACAAUGAAAAUUAAAAAAAAAAAAAAAAAAAAAAAAAGUUUCGACUCCAACAUUAUGCCACCGUGCUGGUCUUCUUUAAUGCAAAAAAUUUUGAGAACUAUAUAUGUCAAUUCUAUGUGGCUUCAUGUAACCGAUUCAGACUGUAUAAAAUUGCGCCCUGAAAACUGCAGUUGUCUUUUAGAAAAUAGUUAUUUAAAACCGAUUGGAUUUGUUGGGGACCAAACACCUUUGAAAAUAAAUAAUGACAUCGUGCAAAUGACGGAAAAUGUAAAUGAAGAAGAAUCAUCAGAGUCUGAAGAUCUUAAUGAUGCUUCAGAUGAUUCAGAUUUUAAAUAA